AUGGCUUCUGCUAAUAAGAAUUCCGAUAAGCAGGUACUCACAAUGGCUGAAGUUCAACAAUUAUCAGCAGAUAAAGAUAAAUGCAUCAUGGUAAUUGAUAAUCAUGUUUAUGAUAUAACAAAAUUUCUUGAUGAGCAUCCAGGUGGAGAAGAGGUUUUAAAAGAACAACAUGGUAAAGAUGCAUCAAAUGCAUUUGAAGAUGUAGGUCAUAGUUCCGAUGCACGUGAACAAAUGAAAGCAUAUGAAAUUGGUGAAUUACAUCCCGAUGACAUUAAAAAAUCAGGAAAAAAACCUCGUUCUGUAGCUGCCAAUCCGAAUGAUAGUACAGGUGGUGCUCAAGGUGAUACUGGUUCAUCCUGGAUUAAAUGGGUUAUUCCAAUUGUGAUAGCUAUAGCCGCUGUAGUUCUUUUCAAAUUAUUGGCUAGACCUGGUACAGACAUCAAUCGACCUCCAACAGCUAUUUAA